CGAGCAAAGAGUUAAGUGCCAGCAACAUGUCCGGAAUCCCACCAGCCACCUUCACCGUAAUCGCAGGUAGCGCCGCCCACAAUCAGCGGCGGAAGAAUCAGAAUCGGGAAUGUGGCCAGCGGAAGAAUUCGACCAGUGAGCAUGUGGAAUUCGCAGACAAAGUGCGAGCAAACAUAAACCUUAAUAAUUUCCAGAGACGGAACCACAGACGGCGGGGUCGAAGACAAAUAGUUGCCACAUUGCUUAGAUAUAGUAACUAUCUUAUCUGUGCAAGGAUUUAACGCAUGAAAAUACAUUUCCCAUGACAUAAACACCGAGUAUAAAUGGGCCGAACAAAGCAUUUUGGGUUUCAGUUAAUGGACACCACGACGACGGAGAUUGGCAAAAUGAAAACGACAAUUGUGGAGGAGCGGAGUGUGAAUGAAACGAUAGAAACAAUAGCCACCAGCAGUGGCUCCGUCCAGGAGACCAUCGAGAUCGUCAAUAUCGAUGGAUCUGCAGCGCCGAAGCAGCGUCACCAUCAUCACCAUCACAGGCACCACCAUCACCACGAAAGGCAGGAGAAUGUGGAAGUUGUGGCGACAGAGGAAGUGAUUCUUGUGGAGAACGAACCAAGAUCCAGGAAGCACCACCACCACCACAAGCAGAGGACUUCUCCGCCACCGCCGCUGCCGCAAACCUCACCACCAUUCCUCACGCCCACUGAAGAAGUGGGUUUCAAUGUGGUGUGGGAACCCCAGGCCAUUUGGAACCAGCCCUCACCCAAUCCCUCUACUGAUCUAGAUCUCUCCCAGGAGAACGACGUUGUGGUUGCAGAGGAGACUAUGGGUACAACUUCAGCUUCCGAUGAAUUCACCACCGUGGUUUGGGAAUCGCAGACGAAGGAGUCUAUCAGGGAAACCCAAAAGCACACAAGAGUGGUGGAGGAGGAGAUUAUAAUUGAUCAAUUGAACCCACCACCCUACGCACCACCUCAGCUUCAAGUGCAGACAGGAUUCCUUCCAGUGGCUCAGCAGCCUCCACUUUCGCCCAUCGAAGAAGUGGUACAAACAGACGUGUUUGUGGCGUCGGUGGAGCCUCCACUGCCGCCCACAGGUUAUAUUCCCAGAGUCAAUCUAAGGCCAACAGAGACUAUUGUGGAGACUGUCGAGGUCAUCGUUCCCGCACAGAUUCAACAAGAGCCGGAGUUUGUUCCGCAGCCGGGAUUUGUGGCCAGAAUUGUGGAGAACAUAGAAGUUGGUGCAGCAUCUAAUACCACACAGGCUCCAGCUCCGAGGAGUAAUUAUCGUCGGUCAGGCUUGGUUGAAUCGCUUGUGGAAGAUAUCGAAGUGGUAAAAUAUGAUGCACCUGUUCAGAGUGGCUACACUCCCGGAAAUGCUGCAGUGGAAUCGAUUGUGGAAAACAUAGAAGCUGACUCUCCAUUCCUUCUGCCACCCAAUGGUUUUGACACUGAUGAGAACAUUGAAGUCUCGACAGUUGUGGAUGAUUCUCCGUUUCUGCUGCCAGUUGAUGGCUUUGACCCUGAGCCAGUCUGUGUGGAAUCAAUUGUUGAAAAUAUAGAAGUCACACCUUCUGAACCUGUGCCGCAAAUAUCCGUUGAAAGCGUUGUUCCUGCAGGCUUUGUGGAGUCUGUGGUAGAAAGCUUGCAAGUCACAGAAAACGAAGAUCCCCCAUUUCUACUGCCUGUAAACGACUUUGCACCCCAGGCAGGCAAUGUGGAAUCAAUAAUAGAAAACAUAGAAGUAACUACGGAAGUGGUUCCCACCUUAAGACCACCAGUGCAAGUCGAAAGUCUACCACGAUCUGGAUUCGUGGAGUCCAUUGUAGAAAGCAUCGAAGUCACUCAAGAGGUAGAUCCUCCAAAGCCGGCAGUUCCAAGUAAUUGGGGCACUCAGAGCGGUCGAGUAGGUUCCUUGGUGGAAAACAUAGAAGUCACCGAAAUAGUGGACUCACCAGCUCUGGCUCCACCACAAACUGGAUUUGUGGAGUCGGUAGUGGAACGCAUAGAAGUCACUGAGGAGGUUGAACCACCAAUGCGACCACCACUUCCACUUAGCUAUCCGCCUCGUUCGGGAUUCGUAGAAUCGAUCGUGGAGAAUAUAGAAGUCCAACAAGUUACUCCUCCCUAUCAGCCGCCCCAGCAAAUCGGCAUUGUUCCUCAAACAGGUUUUGUAGAAGCUUCUGUAGAGGAUAUUGAAAUCGAAGAAUCUGCGCUGCCGCCAAUACAGAAUGGAUAUGCACCCCAAGGCGGAGUAGUUGAAACCAUUGUCGAAGAGGUAGAAGUCGUACCCAAUCCUCCACGGCAAUCCAUAGUGACAACUGAUUUCAUGCCCCGUGCAAGUUUGGUCCAAGAACUGGUCGUGGAGUCACUGGAGGUGACACCAACACCAUCGCCGCCACCCGAACAGUUUCCUUUUAUUUCCAGGGAGAGCCUAAUCGUGGCUGAUGAUUAUGUGGAGGUGGAAGAAGUCACCCCUUACAAUACGGCACCACAUAGUCCAAUAGUGGAAGUGGAAAGAUUGAGUGAAGCCGAGGCUUAUGUAGAGAUUAUUGAAGUUACACCAGUUAAUACUCCACCAAGUAGUCCACCACCUCAGAGGCCCAUGGAAGUGGGCUUCCUGCCCAGACCCAGCUUAGCGGAAACGGCGGUGGUUGUGGAAUCACUGGAGGUAACACCAACUCCCACACCGCCACCAAGCCCACCCAUGAAACUCAAAAUACCACCACCGAAUCAGAUAGCAACGGAGCUGAUUGUGGAGUCAGUGGACGUCACACCAGUGCCAGCUCCACCUUACAAGCCGCCAGCGAAACCACUCAACAAUUUCAUUCUAACUGAUCUGGUUAUCGAUGAUCCUCCGUUCGUAGAAGUGGUGGAAAGGGAGGUGGUUGUGGAGUCCGCAAACAAUGGCCAAGUAACUGAGGUUAUCGAAGUCACGGAAGAGAUUAUACAACCCGACACACCCAUCGGAACCGUUUUCGUGGGUGAGAUAUCCGAGCAGAACAGCGACAAGUUUGGCAAACGAUAUUCCGUAAGUGCGGCCCUGGCUGAUGGACAGCAGCAGGGGCCAGGAAACCCGGAAACGAAUCCGCCACCACCGAUCCAAAAACGAGAUAAACCCACCGAACCACCAAAGCGUAGAUGUUGCCAGUGUAAAUGCACCAUUUCCUAAGUCAGAGGUCAGGGGCUUUCCCCAAGGCAAGUGAAUCAGAACCCACACACACAAAUCAUAUCAUACCUUAGAAAUCUUAUCAAUAACCGGGUGUUUUUCUUAUCAGCCUGGGAAUGUAAGCUCCACCUAUCGCAUAUCUAAUCAGGGAAAACAGA